CAAACAUAUAACCAACUCUAAGCAUUCAGCAAUAAGAAUUCAAAGGAGAUCCAUUUUUAUACCUCUAAUCUUUCCAGCCUAAACCAAUCUUUUACAUAUCAACAGAUUUAGAGAAAAUAUAUGGCAACUCUUCAAGCAUCAAGUUUCUUGAGCUCAUCUUGUUCUGCCACCUCGUCUUCAUCUUGCCGAAGAGGAACCAUUGCAGCAAGGAUCAAUAUUCCCAAGAUUCAGAAGAAAAAAAUCUCUCUACCUAUCCUAAUUCAGAGAAGAGGAAUAUCAGAGCAUGAGCAAUUUAGCAACAAAACAAUUGAGGAACUGCUUAGCCCAUCAAGAAUAUUAAGUGAUACAAAUGAUAGUCCUGAUCUGCUGGUUAUAGAGAAGCUUUACGCUAUCAAAGAGGCAGUUGCAGAUAGAGUGGAGAUGCAUAGAAAUAUUGGAGAGCAGAGGAGCCAAUGGAACAGUAUGCUUUUGACAUCCAUUAAUGGGAUAACUUUAGCUGCUGCUACAAUAUCUGGCAUUGCAGCUAGCAGUGGUGCUGGUGGUGAUUCUAUUUUGGGACUAAAAAUGUCAUCCACUUUGAUGUAUUUGGCUGCUACUGGCAUGUUGACGAUCAUCAACAAGAUUCAACCAUCCCAGCUUGCUGAAGAACAAAGAAACGCAACAAGGCUGUUUCAAGAUCUCCAUAACCAAAUAGAAACAACUUUAUCAAUUGGUCAUCCUUCAGCUAUUGAUGUGAAAGAAGCUAUGGACAAAGUCUUGGCUCUUGACAAGGCCUAUCCAUUACCUCUUCUAGGAGUAAUGCUAGAAAAGUUUCCAUCCUCUGUUGAGCCUGCUGUUUGGUGGCCUCAAGAACAUCGAAGGCAGCCCAAAAGAGCAAGUGAUAAUACUGAAAACAAGUGGAACGGAUGGAAUGGUAAACUGGAGGAGGAAAUGAAAGAAAUAAUGGGAGUUUUGGGCAGAAAAGACCAGGAAGAAUAUAUUAGCCUGGGGAAAAAGGCCUUGAAAUUGAACAAGCUUUUAGCAAUGUCUGGUCCUUUGCUCACAGGCCUAGCAGCAAUUGGCUCAAUGUUUAUAGAAUCUUCUCCUUCUCAUGGAUCUAAUUUGGCAGCCAUACUUGGAAUUGUUGGUGGCGCUUUGGCAAGUGUAGUUAAUACAGUAGAGCAUGGUGGACAAGUUGGAAUGGUAUUCGAAAUGUAUAGGAGCAACGCCGGUUUCUUCCGGUACAUGCAAGAAUCUAUUGAAUCUAACUUGACAGAGACAGAAAUGGAUAGAAGAGAAAAUGGUGAAGUGUUUGAACUGAAGUUGGCAUUGAAGUUAGGAAGAAGCUUAUCAGAUCUAAGAAAUCUUGCUGCUUCGUCUUCAUUGAAAGCAGAAGAUUUAGACGAAUUUGGGAGCAAACUUUUUUAGAGUAGCUAUUCACUGUAUAAAGCAUUGCAAAAUCCUGUACAUAUCAUAUUGUUUAUGCUAGUAGGGCUAACUCAUUCUUUGAUUCAAUUGUUAACUCUUUAUAGGAGUUUGUAAGGCCAUAUUGCAAGUUGCAAAUUAAAUGGCUUGUUUGAUCCUUCAAUUAUUUUUAACUCUCUACGGGAUUUGAA